AUGCUUCAUGAAUUUGCAAGUGUAUAUGAAGAAUUCCAGGAUUUGCUAAAGAAAUUUUCCUUGGAUAAGGAUAAGGAGAGGAAGAAACGUAUAUUUCUAAAAGUUCUUGAAGAAUUGACGAAGAAGGAAUAUUUCUCCAACCCUGAUGCUAAACUGCUGAACUCACUUAUAAGAAACCAACUCAAUAAUCUAAACCUUUUGAACACAAUGACAGUAGAUGAUAAGUUUGUGCAGCGGUACAAUUUUAUACUGACUGACCUUGUAAACAGACAGUACAGUACACCAGACAAAAACAAGGUGUUAAUGAAAUCUAACAAGAAUAAAACAAUGAGAUAUAAACCUGAAAAUACACCUCACGCAACGCAUCUAGGUUAA